CGCCGGUCGUGCUGUGGCUGUGGCGGCGGCGGCGGAGGCUGUGGUAGUGUCGGCGGCAGGCUGUCCGGGAAGCAGUAGCAGCAACGGCAGCAGCAGCGGCGGCUCUGAGGAGAGUAAGGCGGCCGCGUCGGCAGCCGCUCGCUCGUCAGGCGGAACCUCGAGCUGCCCGGAGGUCGCAGGCGCCGAGGCAUUGGUCGUUUCCUACCCGGCUCGGCGCUCCCGGCCCUAGCUGGGCAGGGCAGAGUGCCCCUGGGGAGGGGCGGAGCUGUAGAUAUGGCAUAAGAUAUUUCUUCAAGAUUGGACAAUUGGUGACCUGCUGCUUCUGAUAGCCAUAAGCGAGAAAUCUCACGGAAUUGCAUUGUUGUUUUCUGCUUUAUACCAUUUCUGGCACCUAAGUUCACCCUGCAACCAUGUAUGGAAGUGCUCGAUCAGUAGGGAAGGUGGAACCAAGCAGCCAGAGUCCUGGGCGAUCACCUCGGCUUCCUCGGUCCCCUCGAUUAGGUCAUCGGCGAACAAACAGUACCGGAGGGAGUUCUGGAAACAGUGUUGGAGGUGGCAGUGGGAAAACCCUUUCAAUGGAGAAUAUACAGUCCUUAAAUGCUGCCUAUGCUACAUCUGGCCCCAUGUACCUAAGUGACCAUGAAAAUAUGGGUGCAGAAACACCUAAAAGCACCAUGACGCUUGGCCGUUCUGGGGGGCGCCUGCCUUACGGUGUUAGGAUGACUGCUAUGGGCAGUAGCCCCAACAUAGCAAGCAGUGGGGUCGCUAGUGAUACCAUAGCAUUCGGAGAGCAUCACCUCCCUCCUGUUAGUAUGGCAUCCACUGUGCCUCACUCCCUUCGUCAGGCAAGAGAUAACACCAUCAUGGAUCUGCAGACACAGCUGAAGGAAGUAUUAAGAGAAAAUGAUCUUUUGAGGAAAGAUGUGGAAGUAAAGGAGAGCAAAUUAAGUUCUUCAAUGAACAGUAUCAAGACCUUCUGGAGCCCAGAGCUGAAGAAAGAGCGGGCCUUGAGAAAAGAUGAAGCUUCCAAAAUCACCAUUUGGAAGGAGCAGUACCGAGUUGUGCAGGAAGAAAACCAGCACAUGCAGAUGACAAUCCAGGCUCUCCAGGAUGAGCUGCGCAUUCAGAGGGACUUGAAUCAGCUGUUCCAGCAAGAUAGCAGCAGUAGGACUGGGGAGCCGUGCGUGGCAGAGCUCACAGAGGAGAACUUCCAGAGGCUGCAUGCAGAGCACGAGAGGCAAGCCAAAGAGCUGUUUCUUCUGCGGAAGACCCUGGAGGAGAUGGAGCUGAGGAUUGAGACUCAGAAGCAAACCCUAAAUGCUCGGGAUGAGUCCAUUAAGAAGCUUCUGGAGAUGCUACAGAGUAAGGGGCUUUCUGCCAAAGCUACAGAGGAAGACCAUGAGAGAACGAGACGGCUGGCAGAGGCAGAGAUGCAUGUCCACCACCUAGAGAGUCUUUUGGAGCAGAAGGAAAAAGAGAAUAAUAUGUUGAGAGAGGAGAUGCACCGGAGAUUUGAAAAUGCCCCUGAUUCUGCCAAGACAAAAGCUUUGCAAACUGUUAUUGAAAUGAAGGAUUCAAAAAUUUCUUCCAUGGAGCGUGGGCUCCGAGACCUGGAAGAGGAAAUUCAGAUGCUGAAAUCCAACGGGGCUCUGAGUACUGAAGAGCGGGAGGAGGAGAUGAAACAAAUGGAGGUGUACAGGAGCCACUCUAAGUUUAUGAAAAAUAAGGUAGAGCAACUGAAGGAGGAGCUAAGUUCCAAAGAUGCUCAAGGGGAGGAGCUGAAAAAGAGAGCGGCUGGUCUUCAGUCUGAGAUUGGCCAGGUGAAACAGGAAUUGUCCAGAAAGGACACAGAAUUACUAGCCUUACAGACAAAGCUAGAAACUCUCACGAACCAAUUCUCAGACAGUAAGCAACAUAUUGAGGUGCUGAAAGAGUCCCUCACUGCUAAGGAACAGAGGGCUGCCAUCCUGCAGACUGAGGUGGAUGCUCUUCGAUUGCGUUUGGAAGAAAAGGAGACUAUGUUGAAUAAAAAAACCAAACAAAUCCAAGAUAUGGCCGAGGAGAAGGGCACACAAGCUGGAGAGAUACAUGACCUGAAGGACAUGCUGGACGUGAAGGAGCGGAAGGUCAAUGUUCUCCAGAAGAAGAUAGAAAAUCUUCAGGAACAACUAAGAGAUAAAGAAAAGCAGAUGAGCAGCUUGAAAGAGCGAGUCAAGUCGCUUCAGGCGGACACCACUAACACAGACACAGCCCUGACAACUUUGGAGGAGGCUCUUGCGGAUAAAGAACGGACAAUUGAACGCUUAAAGGAGCAACGGGACAGGGAUGAGCGAGAGAAGCAAGAGGAGAUUGAUACCUACAAAAAAGACCUUAAAGACUUGAAAGAAAAAGUCAGCCUAUUGCAAGGAGACCUCUCCGAGAAGGAGGCUUCUCUCUUGGAUCUCAAAGAGCAUGCUUCUUCCCUGGCUUCCUCAGGACUGAAAAAGGACUCACGGCUCAAGACCCUAGAAAUAGCUCUUGAGCAGAAGAAGGAAGAGUGCCUAAAAAUGGAGUCACAAUUGAAAAAGGCACAUGAAGCAACAUUGGAAGCCAGAGCCAGUCCAGAGAUGAGUGACCGAAUACAGCAAUUGGAGAGAGAGAUUUCCAGGUACAAAGAUGAAUCCAGCAAGUCCCAAACAGAAGUUGACCGUCUCUUGGAAAUCUUAAAAGAGGUGGAAAAUGAGAAGAAUGACAAAGAUAAGAAAAUAGCUGAGUUGGAAAGGCAAGUGAAAGACCAGAAUAAGAAGGUAGCAAAUCUGAAGCACAAGGAACAGGUGGAGAAGAAGAAGAGUGCACAGAUGCUGGAGGAGGCCCGGAGGAGGGAGGACAGUCUGAGUGACAGCUCUCAGCAGCUGCAGGACAGUCUCCGUAAGAAGGAUGACAGGAUUGAAGAGCUGGAAGAAGCACUGAGAGAAAGUGUACAGAUAACUGCAGAGCGUGAAAUGGUGCUAGCACAAGAGGAAUCAGCCAGGACCAAUGCUGAGAAACAGGUGGAAGAGCUGUUGAUGGCUAUGGAGAAGGUGAAGCAGGAACUGGAGUCCAUGAAAGCUAAGCUGUCCUCCACCCAGCAGUCUCUGGCCGAGAAGGAGACGCAUCUAACCAACCUCCGGGCAGAGAGAAGGAAACACUUAGAGGAAGUUCUGGAGAUGAAGCAAGAAGCUCUUCUGGCUGCUAUUAGUGAAAAGGAUGCUAACAUAGCUCUUCUAGAGCUUUCCUCCUCUAAGAAAAAGACCCAAGAAGAAGUGGCUGCACUGAAACGGGAAAAGGACCGUCUAGUGCAGCAGCUCAAGCAGCAGACACAAAAUCGAAUGAAACUAAUGGCUGACAACUAUGAGGAUGACCACUUCAGAUCCUCCCGUUCCAAUCAGACGAACCAUAAACCCUCCCCAGACCAGAUCAUCCAGCCCCUCUUAGAACUUGACCAAAAUAGAAGCAAGUUAAAGUUGUAUAUUGGACACCUGACAGCCCUCUGCCAUGACCGAGACCCCCUAAUCCUCCGUGGACUCACUCCACCAGCUUCUUACAAUGCAGAUGGUGAACAGGCAGCUUGGGAGAAUGAGCUGCAGAAGAUGUCUCAAGAGCAGCUUCAGAACGAGUUGGAGAAAGUGGAAGGGGACAACGCAGAGCUGCAGGAGUUCGCAAACGCCAUUCUCCAGCAGAUAGCUGACCACUGCCCUGACAUCCUCGAGCAAGUGGUCAAUGCCCUGGAAGAGUCCUCCUGACGUGUUCCUGAUAUGCUCCUGAUGUGCUCCACGGAAGGUGACCAAGGAGCUCAAGAGGAAAACCUGAGGAGUUGGUGUCUGAGUCGCCUCCACACCACACCUGCCAGCUGGACGUGCCAGUCCAGCCACCGGUGUCUGUCACCGCACUCGCCUUCCGCUUUGAAUGUUGCCUGCACAGAGCUCCCUGGUCUCCAUGAAGAACUAACUGUCCUUGGCGUCAGCAGUGCAGAGCUGGGAGCUACGCUCCACCCUUCCAGGAACAGGAAGCCAGAAGCCACUCAGCUCACCUGGAGCCCUCAGAUUCUGUGCUUUGGGAGCCUGGAGCUGAAGCAUCAGCACGAGUGCUUUCUCCUCGGAGGGUAGAGAAGGAGGGAGGAGGUGACCACGUCACGCUGUCCCUGUGCUCACCAUCAUGAGCCCUGGUACGGCCGGCUUCCUGCAGCUCAGCUCUCAGCCUGUUGCCUGUCUCACCUGUGCUUUAGUCAGCAGCAGGAGGAUGUUCACAGUGGCCACCCUGCUACUCUUCUUUAAGUCCUUUGACCUUCCCAUGCUACACUGUUAGGGUAAAUGUCUGACUGAAGAGAAGAGGGCUUAAUAUGUAGGGCCCUGUUGUCACUGCUUACAGAUUUGCUCCUCAGAAGAUGUCCUGGAGGGCCAGGCUCAUUCCUCGUGAACAUCACCCACCACGCUCUUUGUUCCCACCACCUUGCCCCAAGCUGCUGUAGACCAGGGGUUGCUAGAGUAUGUGAUCCACUGCCCCCCUUCUCAGCUCCACUCUUAAGGUACAUCUCAGAGCCGCAGCCUCAAACAUGCCUUGAAACUUCUUUUAGCACAACUGAGUUUGUCUUAAUUCACACGCAUUCCCUCCUCCAUUCAUUCAUU